UGAAGUUGAGUGCAAGUGCUGGAGCUAUGGCAAGAUCCGGGAGGGAGCAGGAGCCGGACAGCACCGCCGCAGUCACGGUGUUAAAGCGAGCGGUGGAACUCGACUCAGAGGACCGCUAUCAGCAAGCUCUGGUGUGUUACCAGGAGGGGAUCGAUCUACUCUUGCAAGUUCUGAAAGGCACCAAGGAUGACAAAAAGAAAUGCAGUCUCAGAAAAAGAAUUUCUGACUACAUGGAUAGAGCAGAAAGCAUAAAGAAAUACUUGGAUCAAGAAAAAGAAGAUGGAAAAUAUCACAAGCAAAUUAAAAUAGAAGAAAAUGCAACAGGUUUCAGCUAUGAGUCACUUUUUCAAGAAUAUCUUAAUGAGGCAGUUACAGAAGUUUGGAUAGAAGACCCCUAUAUUAGACAAACUCAUCAGCUAUAUAACUUUCUUCGGUUUUGUGAGAUGCUUAUUAAAAGACCCUGUAAAGUAAAAACUAUUCAUCUUCUCACCUCUCUGGAUGAAAGUGGUGGGAGAUUGCAGCAAUGUAAUGGCCUGAGAGAAAUAAAAGAGUCACUUGGGGAUCAUGGUGUGCUAUUGGAAUUAGACUACUCUUCAUCAAUACAUGACCGGGAGAUUAGGUUCAACAAUGGAUGGAUGAUUAAGAUUGGAAGGGGACUUGAUUAUUUUAAGAAACCACAGGGUCGUUUUUCUCUUGGAUAUUGUGAUUAUGAUUUAAGACCAUGUCAUGAGACAACAGUGGACAUUUUUCAUAACAAGUACACAAAGAAGAUAUGAUACACAGUGGCCUAACCUGCAUCGUGUUUCUACUUUAAGUAAAUCUUGUUUGUUUUUUCUACUUCCGACAGAUCAUUCCUAUAAUGUGUGAAUAUAUCAAUAAACGUACAUUUCUACUACUUUUUCAA